GUGACCUCCACCCCGCAGGAACAAAUGUGCAAAGAUCAUCAGACACCACGUUGAUUCCAGAUUUCUCGGGUCUCCUGUGACCAGGCACAAGCACGUACAAAAUGCUCCUGUUCUCUGUCCCCCAGUUACUUCCUGCCUUGUGACCACACACCCCUGCUUGACAGGGCUGCUCUGUAGAUCUGAAGGACUGGGGUUUCUGACCACACAGCCGUGCUGCCACCGAGGACAGUUUCUCUACAAGGUCUGUCACCUAAAGUAGUGAAAAUGGCCAGAGGAUCCGUGUCUGAUGAAGAAAUGAUGGAGCUCAGAGAGGCUUUUGCCAAAGUCGAUACCGAUGGCAACGGGUACAUCAGCUGCAAUGAGCUGAAUGACUUGUUCAAGGCUGCCUGCCUGCCUCUGCCUGGGUACCGAGUGAGAGAAAUCACAGAAAACCUGAUGGCCACAGGUGAUCUGGACCAAGAUGGGAAGAUCAGCUUUGAAGAGUUUAUCAAGGUCUUCCAUGGCUUAAAAAGCACUGAGGUUGCCAAAACCUUCCGAAAAGCUAUCAACAAGAAGGAAGGGAUCUGUGCGAUUGGCGGCACCUCUGAGCAGUCCAGCGUUGGUACCCAACAUUCCUAUUCAGAGGAGGAAAAGUAUGCCUUCGUCAACUGGAUAAACAAAGCCCUGGAGAACGACCCUGACUGCCGGCACGUCAUCCCCAUGAACCCGAACACCGAUGAUCUCUUCAAUGCUGUAGGGGAUGGCAUAGUUCUUUGUAAAAUGAUCAACCUGUCCGUGCCAGACACAAUCGAUGAAAGAACAAUCAACAAGAAGAAGCUCACACCGUUCACCAUUCAGGAAAACUUGAACUUGGCUCUGAACUCUGCCUCUGCCAUUGGGUGCCAUGUGGUUAAUAUCGGGGCUGAGGACCUGAAGGAGGGGAAGCCUUACCUGGUCCUGGGACUUCUUUGGCAAGUCAUCAAGAUUGGGUUGUUUGCUGACAUUGAACUCAGCAGAAAUGAAGCUCUGAUUGCUCUUUUGAGAGAAGGAGAGAGCCUAGAGGAUUUGAUGAAGUUGUCUCCUGAGGAACUCCUGCUCCGGUGGGCUAACUACCACCUAGAAAACGCAGGCUGCACCAAAAUCACCAACUUCAGCACUGACAUCAAGGACUCAAAAGCUUACUACCACCUGCUCGAGCAGGUGGCUCCAAAAGGAGAUGAAGAAGGCAUCCCAGCUGUUGUGAUUGACAUGUCAGGACUGAGGGAGAAGGAUGACAUCCAGAGGGCAGAGUGCAUGCUGCAGCAGGCGGAGAGGCUGGGCUGCCGGCAGUUUGUCACGGCCACCGAUGUUGUCCGAGGGAACCCCAAGUUGAACCUGGCCUUCAUUGCCAACCUCUUUAACAAAUACCCUGCCUUACACAAACCAGAGAACCAGGACAUUGACUGGGGGGCUCUCGAAGGUGAGACGAGGGAAGAGCGGACAUUCAGGAACUGGAUGAACUCCCUGGGAGUUAACCCUCGAGUCAAUCAUUUGUACAGUGACUUAUCGGAUGCCCUGGUCAUCUUCCAACUCUAUGAAAAGAUCAAAGUCCCUGUUGACUGGAACAGAGUAAACAAACCUCCAUACCCCAAGCUGGGGGGCAAUAUGAAAAAGCUGGAGAACUGUAAUUAUUCAGUGGAUUUGGGGAAGAAUCAAGCUAAAUUUUCCCUAGUUGGCAUCGCAGGGCAGGACCUCAAUGAAGGAAACCGCACUCUCACGUUGGCCUUGGUUUGGCAGCUCAUGAGAAGGUACACAUUGAAUAUCCUGGAAGACAUUGGAGGUGGGCAGAAGGUCAACGAUGACAUUAUUGUCAACUGGGUGAAUACGACAUUGAAGGAGGCACAGAAAAGCUCUUCCAUCGCUAGCUUCAAGGACCCGAAGAUCAGUACCAGCCUUCCGGUUCUGGACCUCAUCGAUGCUAUUCAGCCGGGUUCCAUAAACUAUGACCUUCUAAAGACAGAAAACCUGGACGAUGAAGAGAAACUCAACAAUGCAAAGUAUGCCAUCUCCAUGGCCAGAAAAAUUGGAGCAAGGGUGUAUGCCCUUCCAGAAGACCUGGUUGAAGUGAACCCCAAAAUGGUCAUGACAGUGUUUGCCUGCCUCAUGGGGAAAGGGAUGAAGAGGGUGUAAGUCCCAAAGGAGCAAGCCAGAAAGGGACACAGUCAGCCCUGAGGGUCAGCACACGGUGCUCCCAGGAUACAGAGGACCGACCAUUCAAGCCAUUCCAAAGUCCUCAACCUUAGAGACAGUAUCUGAAAUUCUCAUAUUUGUUCUGCCAAGUAGCUUCUGCUAUAGUUAGCAAUACGUGCUUCUCUUUUUUUUUUUUUCUUCAGAAGAUCUACUCGCCUACAGAUAUUUUUUUCUUUGAAAUUCAACCAGGAAAAAAAAAAAAGCAAUUAAAAAGAAGUUAUUUCCAGAUGCUCACCCUCCUCCCCUCCCUUCCCCUUGCUUUCACUGGUAGUCAAGGAUAUAAACUACAGUGUUCUCAAGGGUCACCUGAUCUCUUCAGCCAGUUUGAUCUAGCUGCUUUUUGCCUUGUUCAGACAAAGGACCUGGAAGAGAUCAUCAAACUUGCCUUAAAUAAAGCUGGUCGCUAGAGGCCGACACUGGAUGGUCACAGCCUCUCCUUGUAUCUCCUGUCUCCCUGUGAGCUUGCUCCAUUCCCCUCAGAACCAUACCUACUCUAUGGUCCCCGUUUUUGCCAACCUUGUCUCUAGGCCACUGAAAUGUCUGACAAAUCAGUCAAGCUUCCAAGAGUCUUUAGGAGACUGCAAAACUGGGGACUCAAGGAAAGUGUAAUAGAGAGUAAUACCACUAGGGGGCAGCAUGGUGGGACCAUGAAGCAUCUACCUUUCUGAGUGCAUCUCCAGGCAUUUAACCCCAAGUGUUAGAAAGCUGCUUAUUGUGGUGUUGACAAAACGUCUGACAACAGUCAGAAGCAAUCCUGCCCAGCUUCAUUUGCUUUUAGACAUCGGCUUAUUUGAUUGCUGCCCAGCCAUAUCACCAAUACUCACUUUGCUGGUACUGUAAAAGCUUUUUGCCACCCUAAAGUUCCUGGAAGGAGGGAGGGGGUUGAUAUGUGCCAAUAAUCUCUGUCCCUGCCUCACCCAAAUGCUUGCAUGGGCACAUACACAUAUGUAGCUGGAUGUCAAGAGUAGAAUGUUGCCUAGGAACUGCCUGGAAUUCAAAACAAAAGAGAACAGUAUGAAUUUGAAUAGCUCCCACUAGAUAAGCCAUUUCCAUGAAAACUUACCAAAAGCUAAAAAGCCACAGAACCUUGUGAACCAAAGCUCGACUCCCUCUGCAUUAGUGAAAGGUUUACUCCCGUGGCAUCUUCCUUAGGGGUAGAAGGAUGUAAUGGAACUUUGUUGUCUUCCAAAGCAAUGGAAAUGCAGGGCCUCAGCUUCAUCCCCUGACAGUGGACUCUGGAAACCAAUAGAUGACUCUUUCCAGCUUCCAAGCAGUAUUCCCACUGCAUCUGAAUGCAAAGUGUUUGGCUGUGACUUUAGUCUGAACUUGAUGUAGCCUCAGAUGAUGUUUGCCCAUCUGCCUCCACAAAGGAAGGAUAUUAUUGCCUUAAUGGAAAAUGAAGAUAAAUCAUGUUUAAAAAAAUCUUUCCAAAUAAAAUGUUCCCAAUUCUGA